AAAUAUUAAACGUAAGAAACGUGAGUGAGCAGCUCGUCAUUUGGUUUGGUCAUUUUCUAAACUGAUAAAUAGAGCUUCGGGGCCUCAGUUCUGCAAUUCCUCUGGCCGGAAAUACUGGAGUGUGUGCCAUCCAGAACUGUACCAUUAUCACCGUGGAUGUGAUUUUCCUGUGAUUCCUCUCGUAUGGAUUUUUGACAUUAAACGGCAACGUGCAUGUUGGGACGUUCACCUGACGGUACCGAUCCAUUUGUAGUGUACAUGUACUUACACAACCAAUAAAGGUUUAAGUUUAUUGUGAGUGGAGCGCAGCGAUCACUAUGCCAGAGGCUGAAGUACGUCAGCGAAGGGGAGGGGGCCGAAAAAAGCCCAAAAAGGGCAAGGGCAGAGGUCAAGGCAGCAGUUCUAAUGAAGAUGUGGGAAGUUUAGAUGGACUAGAUGAACAAGUGCCGCCUGCUCCCACUGAACUGCCCAGAAGACCUGUUGAGGAAAAGACCACGACAGUGCUGACCAAGGCUGAAGAAGAGUCAUCAGUUUCUAUAUGUGUCCAAGUACUCUUGCCGUACCUGUUGGCUGGGAUGGGCAUGGUGAUGGCUGGCAUGGUUCUGGACAGCGUACAGCACUGGGAGGUCUUUAAAGUUAUCACGGAAGUGUUUAUCCUGGUCCCAGCCUUGGUUGGACUGAAGGGGAACCUGGAGAUGACUCUGGCCUCACGUCUUUCUACUGCAGCCAACACAGGGCAGAUGGAUGACCCUACACAGCAGUGGCUUAUGGUCUGCAGUAAUCUGGCCCUCAUACAGGCACAGGCCACUGUAGUAGGCUUCCUGGCUGCCGUGGCUGCUGUAGCCCUGGGGGCAGUGAGCAGAGGUGGAGUGGAACUAGACCAGGCAGCGGUGCUCUGUGCCAGCAGUGUCACCACAGCCUUUGUCGCAGCGCUGUCCUUAGGUCUGGUCAUGAUUGGAGUGAUUAUUGGCUCAAGAAGAGUGGGCAUCAACCCAGACAAUGUUGCCACCCCCAUUGCUGCUAGCCUGGGCGACCUCAUUACCCUCUCUUUACUGGCAGGCAUCAGCAGUACUCUGUUCCAAUAUAGAGAAACCUUGUACCUGUCCCUGCUGGUGUGUGUUUUCUUCUUACUGCUGAUCCCUUUCUGGGUAGUCAUCGCCCGUCGAAGUCCACAGAUCAAAGAGGUCCUCAAGUCUGGCUGGCAACCUGUCAUAGUGGCCAUGUCCAUCAGCAGCUUUGGGGGCCUCAUCCUGGACAAGACAGUGAGUAACCCUAACUUUGAAGGCAUGGCAGUCUUUACACCUGUCAUAAAUGGUGUAGGGGGUAACUUGGUGGCCAUCCAGGCUAGCAGAAUCUCUACCUACUUGCAUUUUUGGAGUGUUCCUGGUGUCUUGCCAUACAAAAUGAGACAGCACUGGCCCAACCCCUUUGUUACAUUCUUUGGCUCAGGGGUUAACUCCAAGUCUGCGCGAGUGCUGUUCCUAUUGGUGAUUCCUGGGCACUUGGUGUUCCUGUUUGCCAUUCACCUGCUUCAGGGAGGACACACAGCCAUUACUGUGGCUUUUACUGGCUGCUACCUGUCUGCUGCACUGUUUCAGGUGGGCAUCCUCCUUUAUGCAGCUGACCUGAUCGUCCGCCUCACAUGGAAAAGAGGUUUGGACCCUGACAAUUUCUCCAUACCAUAUCUGACAGCACUGGGGGACCUUUUAGGGACUGGAUUCCUGGCUGUGUGUUUCCGCAUGGUCAUGCUGAUGGAGGGGCUCGGACUCUGAGACACAGACCCCUCAUGUCUCCCCAGCUCUAUGUCUUUGUGUCUCUGCUAUGUGAGGGGACUCAACUCCUGUGUGUGGCUGAUGUUUGUGGGAGGUUACUGGGAAGGGAUGUUUGACUAUGGCAUACAACACUGGACAUUGCUUGAUUUUUGGGUUUAUGGAAGGUGUUGACAGUAGGUAGCUUAUUUUCUCUUUAGAGUAUGAGGAAAGGUGUGGAAUUCAGGGCAACUG